AAAAAACCAGAGAGAGCACCAGAAAAGUUUUUGUGUCAUCCGUUGAUUUCGCACCUCGUUUCGUUUUCUGCAGAAAAGCGCAUUCAUACUUCCCCAUUCCAUCUUCAUCUUCCGCAAUCCUCGCACAUUUAAACAAACCCUCUCUUUUUUUAACCCAAAAAGAAAGUGAUGGAAAACAUUCUGUUUUGGGUUUCGUUUUUUCUUCGUAUAUAACUCCUUUUUGGCAACUAAAUUUCCAUUCUUGCUCGGGGAAUCCCAUUGAAACCUUUUUUUCUCUUUGCUUCUUUCUACUCAUGUCCAUACAAACUUGGAGGUUUUAACUCCCUACCCCUUUCCUCCGCCUGCCUGCCUUCUGGAUCCUGCCCUGCUCCAUCUUCCCCGAUAUCUUCUGUUUACUCAUCACAUGUGCAGAGGCCAGUGAUGGGUUGCGUCAGCUCUAAACAGGCGGUGUCCGUCACGCCUGCGUUUGAUCACUCGGGCGCUUUCCGAGACAAUGCGGCGGCAAUCGGGUCCUGCGGUAAUGAGUCGAGUCGGACACAGCGGAGCGGGUUCGAGGAGCUGGAGAAGAAGGGUAGGAGCAGGAGCGGGAGGAGUAGGAGGGCAGGUAGCAAGAAGAGUGGGAGUGAGUUGGGCGGCGGACUGAGUGGAGGGAGUGAGUUCGGCGAGUCGGGUCGGGCGAGUUCCAAUUGCCAUAGUGAGUCGCUGAGUUUCCGACUGGGUAACUUGCAGAAGUACGUGGAGGGAGAGCAGGUGGCCGCCGGAUGGCCAGCCUGGCUCAGUGCGGUCGCCGGCGAGGCCAUCCACGGGUGGGUCCCACUUAGACCCGACGCUUUUGAGAAACUGGAGAAGAUUGGACAGGGUACAUAUAGCAGCGUGUUUCGGGCACGUGAACUUGAAACAGGUAGGAUAGUUGCAUUGAAGAAGGUGCGAUUUGACAAUUUUGAGCCUGAGAGUGUUCGGUUUAUGGCAAGAGAGAUAUUGAUUCUCCGCAGACUUGAUCAUCCAAACAUCAUAAAACUGGAGGGCCUAAUUACGUCGCGAUUAUCAUGUAACAUAUAUCUUGUGUUCGAGUAUAUGGAACAUGAUGUUACUGGACUUCUAUCUUGCCCUGACAUCAAGUUCAGUGAGUCACAGGUUAAAUGCUACUUGAAGCAGCUCUUAUCUGGGCUUAACCACUGUCACACACGAGGAGUAAUGCAUCGGGACAUUAAAGGAUCAAAUCUUCUAGUGAAUAAUGAAGGAAUUUUAAAGGUGGCAGAUUUUGGAUUGGCAAAUUUUUGUGCUACUGGGAAUAGGCAACCACUGACAAGUCGUGUUGUUACUCUAUGGUAUCGUCCUCCCGAGCUUUUGCUUGGGUCAACAGAUUAUGGAGCAGCUGUUGAUCUUUGGAGUGUUGGUUGUGUGUUUGCAGAACUUCUCCUUGGGAAACCUAUCCUCCAAGGAAGAACAGAAGUUGAACAAUUACACAAAAUAUUCAAGCUUUGUGGGUCUCCACCGGAUGAUUAUUGGAAAAAAUCCAAGCUUCCUCAUGCAACUCUGUUCAAACCACAACAACCAUAUGAUAGCUGUCUCCUGGAGACUUUCAAAGACUUGCCUAGAAGCACUGUGAGCUUGAUAGAAACCCUUCUCUCACUUUCAAGAUCCAUUUUGUCUUAUGUUAAAUCUCAUAAAGCAUUUGAAUGCAUUAGCUAUAAUGGAUUUAUCGAGAUGUCCAUCAUAUGUAUUACCAGCUUUUUUCUUGAAUCCAGGAAAAAGAUCAGUGGGAGAGUUCGUGGACCCGAAACAAGAAAACCAGCAAGAAAACAUCAUGGAAUGAAUAAAUUGGCACCAGUAGAGGAUGUCGCAGUUCAUACUCAUAGUGCUAAAAGAAGUAAUGGAGAUACGGUACAUAUUUUGAAGGAGGGUGAUUUGGGGUUAGCUGUGCGAGCACGAAAGCUGUCAGUUAAUGAACCAGAUGAGGCUUCCCAUGCAAAGAAUGCAUCCCAAGGAGAUAUUCCCUUCUCUGGCCCAUUACAGGUUUCUAUAUCAAGUGGCUUUGCAUGGGCGAGAAGACGAAGAGAGGAUGCAUCCCUAAGAUCCCACAGUAGGUCCACUUCAAGAGGUCACAUAUAUAAUGCAUUUGAACCUUCUGGUGCCUUGCAUGUGCAAAAUAAUGUGGGCUCAAAAAGGCAUGACAAUGACGAAGCUAUAUGUGGGGCUCGCACUGAUUCUAGAGGCCAUGAAUCAUAUGAGAUCACUAAGCAUGCCAUGCUGAAACAAUGGAGCCAAUUGGAACGUCCAGAUUCUUUUGAUGCUUCUGAUGAGUAUCAUUCACAGGAACUAUCAUUCGCACUCUAUCAAAGAGAGGGAAUGGCAGCCAAGAGAGAUAAUUUGGGUUGUCAAAACCAAGGGGACAAGGUUGAAUUCUCAGGACCUCUGUUGUCUCAGUCACACAGAGUUGAUGAGCUCUUGGAAAGACAUGAGCGACAGAUCCGCCAACUAGUUAGAAAAUCGUGGUUCCAAAGAGGUAAGAAACUAGGGAAGUAACUUCCACAUCUCAGCAGCUCCUGCAGUUAAGGAGAAUUCUGACAAUAGACCAGACAAGAGUAUUAAGAAUCCAAACCGUGGAGGCUAUCCUCCGAUGGGGUUGCCUUACCUAACAUUCAUGAAAAUGAAGGAUCCUGCACAAGCUAGAUAUAAUCAGAGCAAACAAACUAAGAAAUAAGUUGGAUCAACUAAAGAGACUCAGAGAAAAGGAAGAGAAGAUGCAGGAUUUUGGUGCCCUCUCUCAGUCUUUGAAGCAACAAUGAGCUAGUAGUUCAGUUUUGUUUUGUUCUUUUCCAAGUAGAUCUAAAUUUUCCUGCCAUGUUCUAGUUAUCAUUUUUUUUCCCACAUCUGAUACGUUAUCUACGAGUAAUGUAUAGGCCAAUGGUAAUUAGUCCCGAGAAUAAUUGUGCCUAUGUAAAUGGUUUACAAGGCUUAAUGGUAUCAAUCUCAUCUAUUUUUUUUUA